AAUGGGGCCUCGGCGGCUGCUGCUGGUGGCCGCCGGCCUGAGCCUGUGCUGGCCUCUGCUGAGCGCCCGCGCCCCAAGCCACGAGCCAGAACCCGACUCAAGCAACUACACUGUGGGUCCCCGGACCUUCUUCCUCAGGGAUUCCAGCCAUGGGUUCGAACCAUUCCCCUGGGAAGAGGAUGAGGAGCAGAAUGUGAGCACGCCGGUGGAGGGCAGGCUGAGCCCUGGCAACCGCAGCCUGCCGCCCUCGGCGUCCAUCUCCCAGGAAGCCUCCGAGUACUUGGGCAGCCCCUGGCUGCAGCUGUUUGUCCCCACGGUCUACACAGGUGUGCUGGUGGUCAGUCUGCCGCUGAACCUCACAGCCAUCGCCGUGUUCCUGCUGCGCAUGAAGGUCAAGAAGCCUGCCGUAGUGUACAUGCUACACCUGGCCACGGCUGACGUGCUCUUCACGGCCGUGCUGCCCUUCAAGAUCAGCUACUACUACUCGGGCAGCGACUGGCGGUUCGGGCCCGAGCUGUGCCGCGUGGUCACAGCAGCCUUCUACUGUAACAUGUAUGCCUCCAUCAUGCUCAUGACAGCUAUCAGCGUGGACCGCUUCCUGGCCGUACUCUACCCCAUGCAGUCCCUGUCCUGGCGGACGCUCGGCAGAGCCUCACUGGUGUGCCUAGCCAUCUGGGCCCUGGCCCUGGCAGGCGUGGUGCCGCUGCUGCUCCAGGAGCAGACGGUGCAGGUGCCCGGGCUCAACCUUACCACCUGCCACGAUGUGCUCAGCGAGCGCCUGCUGCGGGGCUUCUACGCCCACUACUUCUCUGCCUUCGCCACCAUCUUCUUCUUCGUGCCGCUCGCUGUCUGUACCGUCUGCUAUGCCUCCAUCCUCCGCUGCCUCAGCUCCUCAGCCGUGUCUGAUCGUGGCAGGAAGUCCCGGGCCCUGCUGCUCUCAGCUGCUGUUUUCUGCAUCUUCCUGCUCUGCUUCGGCCCCACCAACGUGCUCCUGGUGCUGCACUACUCCUUUCUGUCGCACGGCCCCUCCACCGAGGCCGCCUACUUUGCCUACCUGCUGUGUGUGUGCGUGAGCAGCGUGAGCUGCUGCCUCGACCCCCUGCUGUACUACUUCGCCUCCUCUGAAUGCCAGCGGCAGCUGUGCAGCCUGCUGUGCCACAGGGACAGCGCCGACGUGGCCAGCUGCAAUAGUAGCGGGCAGCUGAUGGCCAGCAAGGGGGACACCUCCAGCCACCUGAACCGCAGCGUGUACAAGAAGUUGCUAGCUGCAUGACCACAGGAAGCACAGGGCAUCAAGGGAUUGCGCCAUUCACUGCCAGGCCCACAGCCAUGCCACCAGUCGAGGCAGCAUAUGUCCGAUCACUUGCAGCUUCCCAUGCAGCCAAGUGACCCUGCGGGGUAUGGCCCGUGCUGCCGCACUAGCCCAACAACACUUUCCCACAUGCCUGGGUGGCUUGCCAUGUGUGCACAUGCGUGUACCAUGUGGAUUACCCCAGUGACUGUGGAGAUAACCCAUUCUUAGAAUUGACAUGCAAGGUCCAGAUGCAGGAAUUCAGCCCUCAACUAUGAAAGACAUCUACCCACAACGGGGGCCCCAGCUGCAACUUGGGUGGCUUUCCCCAAAGACUGUUGAAAUCACUGCACUGCUCAGGGAAGCUGUGGGAGGAGAAUGCUCAGAGCUCUGUGUGUGGGCAGAGGGUCAGGGUUCCCGCUGUGGCCAUAGGAAAUUCUUAACACCAACAUCCCGUCAGGCACUGGACACCCUUCUCUCCCUCUGUACACUGUGUGUGUUGACCAGGACAACCACGAGCCCACAUCCCUGUGGUGCCCAUGGCCACCAGCCAAAAAUGCCAAGCCCACAGCUACACACUGGUCAUGACCUGCUCCCCAAGCGGCCAGCCUUGAGAGGGCCCCACACAGCGGAUGUGCCACCCCUUGGGUGCGUGCAGACACGUAGCACGACUCGGCAAUGGGGCCGAAACCACCCCGUCCUUUCCUCCCCAAGGCCCUGAGGGCCUGCCAUGCUCUGGGCAUGUCUGUUGGAGACGGGCUGAGCAGGGGUGACAUCCAGGAGGCAGUGAGGGACUUCUGUGUCCAUCCUGAGGCAGAGAGAGGCCAUGACCGCGUCUAGGAGUCUGUGCAGGGUGGAGACCAAGGCCUAGCUUGAGAUGAACUAGCAGCAGUACGGUGCACGUGCAGUGUAUGUGCUGUGUACUUGCCAUAUGUGAGAGAACGUGUGUGUGUGCACGUGCAUGCUGAGUGAAUGAGGGGAUGUGUAAAGGACUGUGAAACACAUGUGGGAUGUGUGUGCUACAUGUGCAAGAGCCUAGUACAUGUACAGUGUUGGAUGUGUGAUAUAUGUGUGUGCAGUAUGUAGGACGUGUGGUACAUGCACAGUAUGUGUGAUGUGUGUGGGAUAUGUGUGCAGGAGCCUAGUACAUGCAGAGCGUGGGGGUCAUGUGUGAUAUGUGUAAGCAGUGUGUGGUAUGUGUGGGACACGUGUGGUAUGUGUGUGCAGUGCCAUAUGGAAGGGCGUUUCCAGUAGCCUCGUGAGCCCUGGGUGCUGCUGCUGUGCUUGGAGCUUCUGAUGGAGCAGCUGCCUGGGGUUAGGUCUGAGUGAGGGAGGUGGUUGUGAGGGCGCUCCCAUCCCCUGGGAGACUGUCAAGGAUGGAGAAUGUUGACACACGAAGUUAUCUUUCCUGAUGGAAAAUGGUGACAUUUCAACAAAGAAGCUGCUCGGUGGACACUCAGCUACUAAACGGGCAGCGUGCUUCCUAGCACCACAGUAUAGCCAAGCUGGUGCUGGUGCCCUGUGCCUGCGGCUGUGUGCAUGUGGACACACAGUGUCCAGGCUGUGCUCCUGAGGUACCCUGCUGGCCGGGGCCAGUCACGGGUCACAGUCAUCAUGGACGGUCACUGGCUCACAGCCAUGCCCUGCCCUGUGCUCCCCUCCCGUUACAGUACUAGGUGCCUGCCUCAAUAAACAUGCAGAUUAGCUGUGUCUGUGUGCUGGGCAGUGUGGGCUGCAGGUGCCACCAGCAUCCGGGCAUCGUCAUGGGUGGGGAUAAGCACUCUGGUGAGGGGAUGACACCUGCACCCCAUGACAUACCAUCUGCCGUGGCUGCUGCUCUCAGCAGAGGCCCAGACCUUGGCAUCUGGAGGCCUCAUGGCAUGGCUGUCAAAGGUCACCUUUCUGGGCGAGGAAGAGCUGAACAACAGUGGCUGCCAGAGCCACGGGGGGGGAAUGGGUCAGGCCGUUGUGGUUCUGGGGUGCAGAGCUGUGAAGACCCCGACUCUGUGUCUGCCUGCCUGGGAGGGGCAGGGCCCGAGUGGUCCUUGGGUCAGAGCUGAGCACACCCAGCUGGGCCGCCUUCCUGCUUCCUCAGGGACAUGGGCUAACUGGCCCAGCCAGUGUUCCAUGGACUGGGGACCCUCAGGACCUGAGCUCAAGUCAGCCCUGGCUUGGUGAGUGGUGCCUCCUCCCAGGAGAAGCCAACGAGCCCUCUGUCCCCUGGCAUAGGGUGAGCUGCAGCGCCAUUCCUCAGGAAAUGCAUUAUGGGGCUUCUGAGUGGUCAUGCCCUGGGAUGGAGGAAUUGGUAAGGGGCUAGCUUGGCCUUCAGGCGGCACGUGUGAGGGAGGGGAAGAGGGGGCUUCCCCCAAAUCAGCUCAGGCUCAGGGUAUUGUCUCCUAAGCCACGGACCAAGCCCAUGACCGUGUGGUUAUCACUUCAGGAAGUGGCUCUGGAGCCCCAGAAGGAGGAGAUUGGCUGCAACCUGCAGACAGGGCUGUAGCUGGCCUGGCUGAUUGUCCACCUUGGAAAUAAUGCUGCUGGGGCUGGGAGCCCAAGGUGUAUGCGCAUGAGUCUGUGUGUGUCUGUCCUUCAGUCUUGCUGUGAGACAUUGGUCAUUGUGGAAGCUGGGAAAAAAGCCCCCAAACUGGAAAUGAGACCUGCCAUGGGCAGUUCCAUCUGGGUGAGCACAGGGCACACACACAUGGGUAUUCAUGCAGAGCUAUGAAUGUAGGGCACAUGUGGAAUUUGGCAUGUCCUAUGGCCAGUGAAUCAG